ACCUGAGAGGCAUCCAGAUCCAACGAACUCGUAAACACGUCUGUCUAUAGUGUACGCAUUCUCCUCAAAGAAAAAAAAAGGUCUAUAGUGUACACAUAUUCUCCCACUCAUCCCCGAGAAGUUAGGAGGCAUGGCGAGGAAGGCAGCAGCGGCCAUGGACGGCAAGAGCUCCGAGCUCGCGAGGGCCGUGGCGGAGGCGGAGGCGAGGGAGGAACGGCUGAGGCGGGAGCUGGAGGCAGCGCUGGCGCGGGUGGCCGUGGCGGAGGAGGCCGAGGAGCGGCUGUGCGUGCAGCUCGGCGAGCUGGAGGCCGAGGCCAUGACGCAGGCCAUGGAGUACCAGCAGCACGUCAGGGCGCUCUCCGAGAGGCUCGCCCUCAUGGACGGCCUGCUCAGGUCCUCCGGCCUCCACAGCGGCGUCGUGCAAUCCGGCCUUCACUGACGAACCGAAUCUCAUCAUGCGUUUCCUUGCUUAUUACUACUAUUAUGUGCGAUUAUGCAAGGCUGUACCUGUACGGGUUUCUAAAUUUUCCGCCGGCGUGUGUUUGAUGCCAACUCGUCCGUGGUGGUGGAGCGUAGUUUAGGAUGUACUGUACAUUUUUCUUCUUCUUGAUGAGAUGUAUAUAAUGUUGUUUGUGUAGUACUACGAAUCUCUUGGAGGACAUCUAAAUGUUGCCCCCGAUCUGAUGCAAA